GCCGCAGACCUAUCUCCUGAUGCCAAGCGUGACCGGGGGUGGGACGUUCAUCGAUUCCACGGCCAAAUUUCCGUAUAUUACCCGCGUUUCAUAUAACACAUACACACAGUGGGCAUUUUUCGUUAAUAUAUGCCGGAAAUUCAGCUGGACCAACGUGGCCAUAAUAUACAGCCAGGAUAACGAUAUUAAUACGGUCAACAAAAACAGUUUAAUGAAAAAUCUUAACGAUCAUUCGUUAAACCCGAUCGACCUGCCGUUUCCACCUGGCACAAUUCGGAUGGCGGACCAUGCAGAGCAGUACUUGGUGAACGCCAGUCAAGUGGCACGAGUGGUGGUCAUUCUAACGGAUGGCCAGGUCCUGCGCUACUUCAUGCUGUCGGCGAAGACCCUAGGCUUCACCAGCGGCGACUACGCAUUUUUCACGCUUGACCCGUUCCGCGACGAUGCUCUGGGGAAGAACGGUUGGCGCCAAGACGAUACCUUCGACCAGCUCGCCAAACAAGCGUAUCAAGUGCUGUACAUUCUGACACUGCGCGACACCACCGACACCGAUCGCUAUAAAGCCUUCGCCCAGACGGUUAACCGUACCGGGGAGCGGGAUUUCCCGGGGAUGCGUGUGCAGUUGAAUUAUUAUGUAGCGUCGUUCUAUGACUCAGUACUGUUGUUUGCCUCCUCGGUCAAUCGGACGCUGGAACGCAAUCAGUCGAUUGAUAAUCAGGUUAAUGUGGCUGGACUGUCGCAAGCGCAAUGGAAUCGCAGUUUUGCCGGCGCAACCGGCGAUGUGUACAUUAAUCCCCGCGGUGACCGCAAUGACGAUCAUGCCAUUUAUGGAUUCGACGAAGCCACUAAAGCCUACGUUGUUGCGGAAUUUAUCGGCUAUAAAUUCGAGCUGGUCCCCGGCUAUACGUAUGACCCGAUCGCACCGUUCCGCUGGCUCAAUCCGACAAAGACUCCACCCGCCAAUGAACCGUAUUGCGGAUAUCUUGGUGACAAACCGGUGUGCGACACGUCCGGCCAAACCAUGGGCAUCGCGUUGGGCGUGGUGGCCGCAUUCUUAUUGGCCGCGGCCGUGGUUAUCUCCUUUCUGUACCGGUACUACACCCGUCGUGCCGAACUGGCCCAAAUGGAUCUUCUCGGCACCUGGGACGACAUCAAAAAACCUCAAAUCUUUCUUCCGCGCACUCGCGGUACCGCCCGCAGCCAGCCGGGGGUGAAUGACAGUCAUAUCAGUCUGCAAGUGCGCUCCAUGUUCAACGAUAUGAGCAAGUUUUCCGACCGCACCGUGACGGCGCUUUUCAAGGAAGUCAAGGUGAUGCUACGUGUGUGUGAAGUGCAGCAUGUGCCCAUGAAUAGUGUGGUACUUAAGGAGGUCCGGACGGUGCGCUCCGUUAACCACGAGAAUGUCCUGGCAGUGUAUGGGCUGUGUCCGGGACCGGGCCGGGCGGUGGUUAUGUAUAAUUACUGCUCCAAAGGAAGCCUCAGUGAUCUGCUAGCCUCGACGGAUGUAAAGCUUGAUUGGAUCUUCAAGUUCUCCUUCAUAAAAAAUAUCCUGCAUGGCCUGGUGGCCAUUUCCAGCAGUCCGCUGAACGUCCACGGACGUUUAACGUCGAAAUGCUGUUUUGUCGACGCGCAUUUUAUAGCGCGCGUUGCCGAUUACGGGCUGCCGUCCUUUUUCGCCCGCACGCCGCCGUUGAACCAGGACAGUGCUUUUUGUUCCACCCUUUUCUGGACAGCACCAGAACUGCUCAGCCGGCCAUUUGCCGGUGGCACUCCGGAGGGUGAUGUGUACUCGUAUGCGAUUAUUCUAUCGGAAGUGGUUAUGAGGGAAACGCCUUUUCAUUCAAUGGGCAUGGAACCAGAGCAAAUUAUCGCGAAAGUUGGUCAGAAAUCCUAUAAACCCUUCCGGCCAAAAUUCGACGCCAAUGAAUGUGCGCCGGAAAUUGCUGUUUUGAUGAAGCAGUGCUGGGCGGCCAAUCCUAUGGAGAGACCGCGGCUGGCGCAAAUACGCAGCGCCAUUAAAGACAGCGAAAGAAACAAUAACGAGCAAGGAAGCAUUUUGGACACAUUGAUUCGCAGGAUGGAGAACUACACCCUGGACUUGCAAGCCAUCGUCGAAGAAAAAGCCGCUCAGUUCCAAGUGGAGAAGGAGAAGAGCGAACAGCUGCUCAACCAAAUCUUGCCCAGAGUUGUUGUGGAACAACUAAAACGCGGCGAACAAGUGCAGCCAGAGGAUUUCGACAGCGUCAGCAUCUUCCAGAGCGACAUUGUCGGCUUCACUACCAUCUCAUCGCAGAGCAGUCCCACGGAAGUAGUGGCGCUGCUCAAUGACCUUUAUACGGCGUUUGACGGUGCCAUCAUGAAGUUCGAAGCAUACAAAGUAGAAACCGUCGGGGAUUGUUAUGUGGUAGCAUCUGGUGUACCGGAGCGUAACGGGAACAAGCACGCACGGGAGAUCUGCCGGCUAGCUCUGAUGCUGCUGGAGCAGAUUAAAGCCUUCCGCAUGCAACACCGGCCGAACGAGAAACUACGGCUACGCUUGGGAGCACAUACAGGUCCUGUUGUGUCGGGAGUGGUUGGGCUGGUGAUGCCUCGCUACUGUUUAUUUGGCGAAACGAUGACUAUAGCCGCAAAAAUGGAAUCUUCGUCGCAGCCUAUGCGAAUACAGAUUAGUUCGGCUUGUGAACGCCUACUCCAGACCGUGGGAAUGUUUGAAACGGAAAGCCGAGAUCUUCCUGUUCAAAUCAAGGACGGACUGCAGAUCCCCACGUACUGGCUGAACAGGGAAAUUUUGUAACGAAACGGUCGCUUAUUUUGUCGUGGAAAGUUUAGCCAAAUUGGUUUUUAUUAAAAAAACUGGAAGCGACUAUUGUGCGAUAAUCAUGCAAGCUAUUCGUUGCAAACCUCUAAUAAAUUAUUUGAAAAAUGUUUGAUG